UUUUUUUUUUUUUUUUUUUUUUUCAAAGUGAGCCCUUUCCAUUUGAGGAUUUUUAAUUAUCUUUAAAACACCUAUUUACAACAACUUCAAAGUUACACUAUUUCUAUAGAUUGUUAUCUCUUUAUCUUGUUAUCAUCAUCCUAAUAUCGAUUAAGAUAUCACUCCCUCCUCCCUCAGAUCAUCGUCUAUACAACUCCAUCCAUCUCCAUCUGAUUGUGUUUUAUACGUCGUUCCUUUAAUAUAUUCGUCAUUUCCUGUUUCUUUUUUUGGUUUGUUCUAGAUAACACUAUUGAUCUAAUAGAGUAAAAGAUAAUCAACCCAUUCCUUGUAUUAACCCAGUCACUCAAUCAAUCAAUUCAUCAUAAUCAUCAAUGCGUCUGAAGAAAGCUAUUACUUUGGGUGAUGGUUUUGUUGGUAAAACCUCCCUUUUAAUCAGUUAUACUACCAAUACUUUCCCAAAUGAUUAUAUUCCAACUGUAUUUGAUAAUUAUACAGCUACAGUAAUGAUCGAUGGUGAACCUAUCAAAUUAGGUUUAUGGGAUACUGCCGGUCAAGCUGAAUAUGAUAGAUUAAGACCUUUAUCUUAUCCUCAAACUGAUAUAUUUUUAGUAUGUUUUUCAGUGGUAAGUCCUGAUUCUUUUCAUAAUAUAAAAGCAAAAUGGAUACCUGAAAUCUUACAUCAUUGUCCAAAAGAUAUUUUAAUCAUUCUUGUUGGUACUAAAAUCGAUUUAAGAGAUGAACCUUAUGUUUUAGAUGAAUUAGCUCAAAAAAAUUUAAAACCAAUCACUUAUGAUCAAGGUAUAAAAUUAGCUAAAGAAGUUGGAGCAGUAACUUAUUUAGAAUGUUCUGCUGCAACUCAAAUUGGUGUUAAAGAAUUAUUUGAUUUUGCUAUUAGAACCGCAUUAGAUCCUCCUGUGGUAAAUAAGCAAGAAUCUCAAUCAAAACAUCGAUCUGUAAUACCAAAAUCAAAUAAUCAAUCAAAUAAUCAAUCAUCAUCUAAUAAAUCAAAUCCAAAAAGAAAAGUCAAAAAGGCUAAAAAGUGUACUAUUUUAUAAUCUCCCCCUUCUCCUUUAUUAUUAUUACUACUAUCAUCAUUAUUAUUUCAUUCCGAAAACUAUCCUAAUAGCAUAUAAUGCUCAAUAAUUACAACUUACAUUUGUAUAGAAAUAUUUAGACGAUUUUAUUCAAUCUCAUUUCCUUUUUCUUUAUUUGUUCCUGUUUCAUAUUCUCUAAUUUUAAUCUAAUCUGUCUUAGUUUAAUGUAUCAAUUUAAUUAUAAUAUG